CACCAACUGACAUGGCAUGCCAGCCCCAGCCACGUCGCCGAAGUGGCACGACGGACCUCCCAUGGCCCUCUCCGUCUGCAGUGCUUCCGAUGACGCUGCGGCGAGGGCGACGGCAAGCCCCGGCGCAAAGGCUGCAUUGCAUGCGUCAACGAGCAGAAAAAAGAAACAUUCCCAAUCCCACAGCCCCGGGCCGCGGAUCGCCGCCAUCUCGUCACAUCUGCCUUCCUGCAUUGGGACUAUGCGAGUCGCGCAGCAAGCUGAGGAUGGGCAGAGGGCCGGAAAGCCUCACUCGCAGCUGAACCCGGCGCCCAGGAUCGCUCCUUGCCAAUAGCCCACCGCGUUAUUGGAUGGGGCUGUGGUGGGGAGGGGUGGGAUCGGCGGCAAGGCGGACGGACCGAAUAGGUGUUGUAUGACCGGCUUCCCUGAUUCCGCACCUGCAGAUGCGGAUGCGGAGGAGGGUUGAGGUCGUAUUGCAGUUUCCUGCUUGUCAACCGAGCCUGCUGGUGCUGAUUGAUGGAAGAAUGGAAGGGACAGGGCAAGGCGACGGGCGGAAGGUCGCUGUCGCUGUGCCCGAGGUACGCUCACGCCCGAAGGGAGGAUGGGGAUGGGAGAGGUGCAAGCAUUGAAAGGAGGGCCAAUCACGCAUUGGACACUGUGGUGCCAAUACGAUGCCUUUUUUUUCUUUUCCCCGAGGGAUUCCCAGACCAGGGAGACGACCGCCCCACCCGCCGGCACGGAGCGAUAUCUUGUUUAUUUCGUG